AUGGCUAUGAACGGCCAACAGUUCGGAGACUUGCCGCAAAUACAAGCCAUGGACGACUCACAUAUGCAUGGCUGGGCAGCAGAGCAUUACAACUACUGGCAGCCAUACAAGCAGCAUCCAGUCAGCUUCCCUAUGGAAGAAGCGUACAUUGGCGACUUCGACUGCGGCGCGGUCAGCGUCCAACCAAUGCAGCGGUUCAUGCUCGAGCAGUCUCCACUUACGUCCGGCAUGCUUCAUGCGAACAUCCCACUGGACGGUCGAUACGAAAGGUACUACGAGCAGCAAUGGCCUUCCACAGGUUGCUUUCGCAACAUAUCGCCAGACCGGACAUCGUCUGGCAACACUAGCCAGAACACACAAGAUGAAAUACCUUCACCACAGAUGUAUCAUACGGGCCUGCACUCGCACGGCAGUCCAAUGGAACAGUACCAAUUAUCGCUUGCAUUCAAUCCAAUUGAGCAGUUCCAAGGUGGAUCCUAUCCAACCGAGACUCCAAAGUUCCAACAGAACAUCAGCCUUCGCGAGCUGGAGUAUGAGCCACCAGUACACGAAGCAGUGAUAGAGGAAGCUGAGGAAGUCAAGAUGAAGCAAGAAGCCACCUGCGACAAGGAGGAUGAGGUUGUCAAGGAAGAAGCAACGCCAGAAUACAUGGGCUACGCAGACUCUGCCAUUGGCCACUCAGUGCGCGACGCGCAAUCAGUUGAGCCUGUCGAUAUACCCGACGAGCCCGCAUCUGAUUCUGACUACAGUCCUUCUUCGUCCCGCUCCAGGAAGCGAAGACGGUCUACAGCAUCCAACAGCAACUCAAACCGGACACAAAAGCGACGCGGCCACGCACGCAAAGACUCCCAGACCACUAGUCCCAUCUCAUCAGUAAAGUCAGAGAAGAAGUCUCGAAGGACCUCCAAGGCAUACAGGGGAGUCAUCAUGGACACCAACACUCGAGACAGCGACCAACGGCCCUUCCCCUGUCCCCUCGCCGUCUACGGCUGCACAUCCAGCUUCCCCUCCAAGAACGAAUGGAAGCGACACGUCAGCACCCAACACAUCAAGCUCGCCUACUGGCGCUGCAACCUCUGCGCCCCCUCCACCGACCCAAGCAACUCGCACGCCGUUUACUACAACGACUUCAACCGCAAAGACCUCUUCACCCAACACCUCCGCCGCAUGCACGCCGCACCCAAAGACAAGACCUCAUCCAACCAUCCAGAAAAGUACCCCGUCACUGAAGACAACCUCGUCGAAAUUCAGACGCGCUGUCACCUCCCCCUACGCUGCGCACCACAAUGCUCAAAGUGUUUGUUCUGCGAUAAGACGUUCCAGGGUGCGACAUCGUGGGAUGAGCGCAUGGAACAUGUGGGUCAUCAUCUGGAGAAGGAUCAGAGCAGUGUAGCUAGUAUGCUUGAUCCGGCUACGUGGAGGGCAGAUGAGGGGCUCGAGAAGUACCUUGUUGAGGAGGGGCUUGUUGUUAGGGAUGCUGAGGGGUGGAAAAUUGGAAGUGGGAAGCCUAGGAGGCGGCAUGCGCCUGUGGAGAGUAGUGAGGAUGAGGAUGAUGAGGAGUGAAUGGGUAGGUGUUUGGCUUGGUGGAAGUUUCUUUGGUUCGCAAGAAAAAGGUGUUUGCACGACACGUUCGCUUAGUUGAUACCCUUGGUUUUUGGCGUUUGGGAGAUUACGUUAGCGUCUACUUUGGCUCUCUCUCGACUUUCUGGUUUGAGGAUACGUUUAGUACGCUGCUCUCGUUUUCUACAUGAUAAAUUAUAGAAAGAAUAACGUUCCAACA